AUGUUCAGUAAGGCAGUCAUUUCUCUUGCCCUCGCUGCCUCCGCGCUCGCCAACGUUUUCGUCACCUCCCCUGUGGCAACUACCACCUUUACUGCUGGUCAGCAGGCGACUAUCACUUGGCAAGAUGAUGGCACGACUCCAAACCUCACCUCUUUCGGCCCUUCUCUCAUUGGUAUCUACACUGGCAAUGCCAAUCAACAGACAUUACUUCAAACCGUUAAUCCCAGCGUUGACGUGUCGACCACCUCGUCGGUCAGUUUCACCCCCGAUGGGACCAUUGGACCCGACAGCAGUGAAUAUUUUGUUCGCUUCACGUCAAUCAGCUUGAAAGAUGCUACGAACUCUCAAUAUCCCGCGGAGGCCUUCUCUGCUAAAUUCACAAUGACUGGCAUGACCGGGACGUUCAAUUCUACUAUCCAAGAUGAAAUCAAUGGACAAUCGACAGCACCCAUUGGUGCAACUGCAAGUUCUAGCGCUCCGGGUACUAUGGUGACCAUUUCCACGACUUCGGCCGCUUCCGCCAAGGGUUCAAAAACAUCCACUUCAACUUCAGCUACUGCUACCAAGACUGGUGCCGCUGGCAAGAUUGGUGUCACUGGUAUCACAUGCUUCGUCGGCGCUGCUGCAUCCCUCCUGGGGGCAAUGCUUCUGUGA